CCCCGCCCGGCCCUGCGCAGCCACGCGGCGGUGCCGGCCCUUUGUUCCCGGGGGUCCGCGGCCGCCGGGAGGCGGCGGGAGCUGCGGCCAGCAGGAUGCCAUGGGGAACUGCUGGGCGCAGUGGUGCUGCGGGCUGUUCCUGCGGAGGGAUGCCGGCCGCAUCCAGCGCGGCGGAGGAUCCAAGUAUUUUAGAACCUGUUCAACAGGAGAACACUUCACUAUAGAGUUUGAGAACCUGGUGGAAAGUGAUGAGGGGGAGAGCCCAGGAAGCAGUCACAGGCCUCUGACUGAGGAAGAAAUUGCAGACCUGAAGGAGAGACACUACGACUCCAUUGCUGAGAAGCAGAGGGUUGUUGACCUGAAGCUUCAGUCAGAGUUAGCCUUACAAGAGGAGAAGUUAAGACUAGAAGAGGAGGCUUUAUAUGCUGCACAACGUCAAGCAGCCAGGGCAGCAAAGCAGAAAAAGCUCUUGGAGCAACGUAGGCAGCACAGGAUAACACAGCAGAGAGCACAUGCUGUUAACAAUGGAGAGUUCCAGAGCUGUGUGGCAGAGGAGGACCUCGAUCCUUUCCUGAGGAAUACAAAAUUCCAGUAUGAAGCUUUCCGAAGCAGCAGGCUUUCAUCUGAUGCCACAGUGCUGACACCCAACACAGAGAGCAGUUGUGAUUUGAUGACCAAAACCAAAUCAGUGAGUGGGAAUGAUGACAGCACCUCCUUGGAUUUAGAGUGGGAAGAUGAAGAAGGCAUGAACAGGAUGAUCCCGGUGCGGGAGCGCUCCCGGACGGAGGAGGACAUCCUGCGGGCGGCGCUCAAGUUCAACAGCAGGAAGCCGGGGAGCCACCCGGCCUCGGCCUCCGACGACUCCAACGGGCUGGAGUGGGAGAACGACUUCGUCAGCGCCGCCGCCGCCCUGGACGACAACGGCAACUCCGAGUACGCCGGCUUCGUGAACCCCGUGCUGGAACUGUCGGAGUGCGAGCGCCAGGACAGAUAGUGCAUCCCUGCGUGUCCCCAGCGCUGCAAAGGGAACGGAACCCACGAGGCCACUCUGCCCUUUGUAACCUGCCCCCCUCUUCCUGACAGUCUGAAUUCAGAACUAAGUGCAAUUUUAUCGUCUACCUUCUCCACUUUUGUGAAAACUGUUGUGGAUAUUUCUGGGUAUCUGGAUUUAAUAGAAAAUUAUCUGCACUAAAUUGGAGCUUCGUAGCUUUGACUUGUCUAUAUUUUAACUUGCCUUUUUUUUUUUUCUGGAUGAUGUUUCUAUUGAUUUUGUUUUAAAAUUCAUCGUUGGCCUAAUAUUUAUCUCAGAAACAGUCCUCUAUAAUUUAAUACAGUCCUCUUUAAUUUAAUACUUGAAGAUAGAGAAAUAAUUUUUAAAUAUUUCUAUUUCUGUGCUUUUUGACUUGCUCUUCAGCUAUUUCGAGCUGCAAAACAAAUUUGACACAUGGCAAAUUUGCAGAUUUUCCCCUGUCUAGCUUGAAGCCUUCCUAGUCUUCUGUUGUCCUUUUUCCAUUUAUUUUAUUUAUUUAAUUGCUUUUUGCCAAGCACGGUUAACCUCAAUGAACACAGUAAAACUCAUCAGGUUAGGUAAGGUACUGCCUUGUAUAAUAAUAUGCCAGACUUAGUAAGCGUGUGCUAGAUAGAAAAGCAAAACUAAAAUAUAAAUUCUCUGUAUGUGUCAAUAAAAUGGGAAUUUUAACCAGUGAAGAACUGGGAGGACCAAAGUCUUGUUUUCCCAGCCCCCCUGAACAGACCAACCUCUGUUGCUACAUGGUCCUUAAAAUUCUUCAGUUGUGGAAAAUUUAUAAUUCCACUGGACCAGAACAAUUAUGGAAAAGCAACAUCCAGUGAGCAAACAGGGAGGGAUGAUGGCUCUGCUGCUGGCAGGGUGGGAAGAACAAGAACCUAAAGACUGAAUUUUUACACCUGCAUUUUGAAAAGAAAGAAGAAAAAUUCAUGUUUUAACAGUGUGUUAAAGUGCUCUGCCUUUCCUGUGCCUCUCAAGUGGAUGGUUAAUCCUGCCAGUACGGGCUGAAAUCCAAGGAGGUGUUCAGUGACUGCACCGCUGCUGUCCUGUGCUGUGUGGUCUCCCCCAGUAUUCCAUGUCAAUCUUACUUUUUAACAAAAGAGAAACUGCAAAGUUCUUGCAGGUCUCAAGCUUUCCCCAAAGUUUCAAAGUGAAGCCAUUCUACUCUGCCAUUAUUUCGUGCAGCUGUCUCGUUUUUCCAGGGGGAAAAGGGUGACAGGGUUUAACUUUCUUUUGGAGUAAAAAGAACACAUUGUGGUAAGUAACAAACCUGCUCUGUCAAUCAUCAGAACUGAAUUUGUUGGUGAAAGCUGUGUGAAAAAUGUUGUUUAGCUCAUCUGAAGCUAUCUGGAAUAUUUGGGUGGUUACAGUGUGGAUAAGGAACAGAAAUCCUGCACACUGGGGUUAAAUGUGUACAAGUAACCCGAGAGAACAGAUAAAUCCUGUUGGUAACAUUCCAUCUCU